CUGUUCUUCAAUGUUGGUGAUUACGUUGCCUUCCUUGCUUUUCACUGGUCGUUCUGGUUUACGAUAAUAUCCAGCGAGUUUCUUUGUUGUAUCAUAUAAUCGUUUCAUGUUUCCUUCUCUUGUAGCCUUUUCUGCCGUCAUUGCUAGAUCUUCCACAUAUUUGCGUUUGUCGGCUCUGAUGCUCCUCUUCACCUGCUUGUUUGUUUUUGUGUAUUCAGCUUGUUUACUCUACUCUUGUUCGGCUGAUAUUGAUUACUUCCUCCUUGUUCCUCAUUUCUUGAAUUUUGACAUAUGCAACUACUUAAUUGUGAUUUAUGUGAUCAACAGCUGGAGACUUUGGGUGAAAUCCCUUAGAAUCAUCAACACUAGCGUACAUACAUUCGCCUCCUCUGAAUUUUCAUUCUUAGUAAUCACUCAUACAUACGUUUUUAUUCUGUCUUUUGAAGCCAAACUUUCUCACCAUUAUUGACACUGCAUUAUUUCGUUCCCGGUAUUUUUCAUCUUAUUAAUUUCGUCUCGGGCUAAUGUGAUUGUAUCUACAACUAACUCACGUUUGUUCCAGAUUGUACGUUACUUAUGACUAAUGAAAGCGGUUAUGUUACAACGUAAUCUUUAUCUAUGAAUAAGUUCACAAUUUCCAAAUUUUAGCGUCUUAUUCGACAAUCUCUCGAGUGUCGGGAUUUGGUAGAUGAUGCUAAACGAUUUCAUUUACGUCCAGAUUUACGCCAUGAAAUGCGUGAUCGAAGAUUUCGUCAGCGUGACGGUGGCAAUGAGUACUUAGUUGUUAUUGGUGGUUUCGGUUCUGAUCAGGACCCUUCGGAUUCCGUUGAAAUGUUUAACCCACGAACCUUAGAAUGGAACGAGUUACCUGUAAGUUAUCAAGGUGUAUCAAUUUAUAGAUCUUUUAUUUCUUACUGUAUUAUUUAUUUAAACACAUAAAUAUUGGUAUAAAGGGCACCGAAUGCAUAUGCACCACACAAUUCACUUGAUUUGUGUGUGGGCUAUGAUACUGCUCGGGUGAACAAACCGAAGCAUGUGGUUUUCUUAGGGGCCACACUCAGAACCUUCGACCUGAAGGUAGCGGAGGAACGUCAGGCGAUGCAGUCCCAUGGUAGCGGGUGACCGACGAUUGGUUCAUAGGCCUUCUGUUCCUUCAGGAUACUGGAGCUCAUGUGCACCAUUGGUUUGGAAUUAGGGUUUUCCAACUCCCCUAGGUGAACCCUCCGAGUCCACCAACCCGGUUGAAGCGCCGGACAUCGUCUUCUCAAUUUCGUAAACAACCGGUCCGCCACAAGAAGGCACUGAGUAGGACUUCCUUGAUGGUGAUUGUGUAUGCGUGGCCAUGUGGGAGCAUUUCGGAAAAGAGUUGGCUCUCUCCACUCUUGACCGUACCAGGGUGUUUGGGGGCAUUUCUUUCUGUAAGUUUUUUUUUCGAGUCAGUUCAACUAGAUUCUACCUUUACUUUACUUAUUGUUAUUAUGUUAUCAAGUUUUCACAUUCUCCGAACUUUUAAAUCUUCAAAUCCAGUGUUUUAUCAGGCACCUAAUCUAUUUCCCGAUAUAAUUUGUUUCAUUAUUAUCUGUCGAUUUUUUUAUUUGGAUUACUAGCAUUACAGAUUUUUUAUGCAUUGUAUGGAAUAGUUAUAGGCUUUUUUGGUCGAAGGUUUGUUUGCUCUAGCUUAAAAGAUGUACAGUGAACUAAAACUUCUGUAAACAAAUAUCUGAAUUCGAGGACGAAAAGUUCUAAAGAUUUCAUUUCCCUCAUUCGUUUGUGAUUAUAGCUGAUAGCUAAAAUGUGUAGUCUUUACAAAAUUAGUUUGUCUGUCAAAAGAUUAUCCAGAAUCUUAACAAUUUUGAGCUUUUGUUGAUCUUUAUUUGUAAAUUGCAAACCAAGCUAAAGCUAUAUGCAACUCACUAAUUACUUCAAGGUUCGCAUACCAAACUGUGAGUCAAUGAUUCUACCUUACUCCUGGAAUUUCGAUAUUAAAAUUACUCGCCCUCUUAGGUUAAAGGAACCGGACGUAUUCUUACUCUAAAUCUUAUCUUUGCUGUUAUUCUUGAAUGGCUACUGCUAGUCGUGCAUAAAGUUACCACUAUGUGCAGGUCUAAAGUAUCAUUCCAUUCAUAGGUUGCCUGUCUUCAUUUCAUGUUUUGGUCUCAAUUCCAAACAUCUGACAUCAUAAACCAGCAGGAGUUAUGUUUCAGUGAAGAAAGAGCCCUCAUAAUUGAUCUUUUACAGCACUCAAUAGUGCUGAACUCCCUUCGUUUCUAUAUUCCUGUAGCUAACAAGGGAUAAAGUAGUGGUGGUAGUAGCUAAUUUAUGAUUAGUAAACUUAACAAAGUAGCUCCAUUUCAAAAAUUAAUUUGUUUGCUAAUCCAAAAUUAAAUAGCAAGGUGACUAUGCGUUGUUUUGUUCAAAUUAAGUUGGAAAUAAAUUGAUCUAAAGUUCGUCGUCCAACAAGCCCUGUAAUUCAUAUAAAAAACAUCCAUGUUUUUAAUUAACAUUUUUUAGGAUUUACCGAUAAGUUACCGCUAUGUAGCAGCAUGUUCAUUGGGUACAUGUGUCUACGUCAUUGGUGGUUUUGAUGGAAAUGAAAGACUAAAUACCGUAUACUCCCUUGAUAUCGCUCAGAGAGAAGAAGGUUGGCGUUUACUUACUCCAAUGCACUAUAAAAGAGGUCUAUCUGCUGCUUGUACAAACAAAGGUAGCUAUUAGAGUAUGAAAAUAAUUUGUCUCUCAAUAAUUCAGGUGUAAUUAUAUUGCAAAUUUGUUAUUGAUGCCUUUUAAAUUAUUGCUGAGUUUGAGUUUUAUCACUAUUCAAAUUAUAAACUGGACAGCAAAUGCUAGAUACGGGAGAAAUGUUGCUAUACUCCGAUCACGAAGAAAAUGCUCCACACACACAGGGAGUCGCUCUGAUGCUGUUCAAAGAAGCACGAAAUGCACUUAUAGGAUGGGAAUCUCACGGAUACAGGAUCAUCAAGGCAUCCUUCAAAACAAAAAAGAAGGCAAUCAUAAUGAAUGCUAUCCAGUGUUAUGCACCCAACAAUGACAGCAAUGACGACAAUAAGGAUCAGUCCUAUGAGAGGCUGCAAUCAAUUAUAGCGAAGUGUCCAAUAAAAGACCUGACCAUCCUGAUCAGAGACUUAAACUCCAAGAUCAGAAUGGACAACACCAAAUAUGACGAUAUCAUGGGACAACAUGGACUGGGAGAGAGGAACGAAAAUGAUGAGAGAUUUGCGAACCUAUAUGCAUUCAACAAAUUGGUUAUAGGCGGCACAAUAUUCCCAUACAAUCGCAUACACAAAGCUACAUGGAUCUCACCGGAUCACACCACGGAGAACCAGAUAGAUCAUAUUUGUAACAAUAAAAAAUUCAGAAGGACAAUGGGAGAUAUGAGAAUCAGGAAGGAGGGGAGCUGACAUAGCUUCAGAUCAUCAGCUGCUUGUGGCCAUGAUGAAACUGAAGCUAAAGAAACACUGGACAUCUGGGGAAACAUCAGUACAAAGGUUCAAUACAGAAUUCCUGUGAUACACUAACAAACUCAACCAAUUCAAGAUAACUCUCAACAGAAGAUUCCGAGCAUUACAAGAUCUACUCGAAGAAGAAACUACGAUGGAGUAUAAUUGGAAAGGAAUCAAAGAAGUACUGACUUCAACAUGCCAGGAGGUGCUGGGCCGCAACAAGCAUCAUCACAAGGAAUGGAUCUCUAUAGAAACUCUGGACAAGAUUCAAUAAAGGAAGAACAAGAAGACAGCGAUUAACAACAGCCAAACACGAGUAGAGAAAGUCAAGGCACAAGCUGAAUACACAGAAGCAAAGAAGCAAGUGAAGAGGAGCAUUAGAGCUGACAAGCAGAAAUAUGUAGAAGAGCCAGCAACGACAACGGACAAAGCCUGAAGAGAAGAAAAUAUGAGACAGUUAUAUGACACAACAAAGAAACUAGAAGGGAAAUAUAGUAAACCAGAGAGACUGAUCAAGGAAAAAGAAGGCAAGACAAUCACCGAGAUUCAAGAACAGAGGAACAGAUGGGUAGGUUACUUCGAAGAGUUCUUGAAUAGAUCAGCUUCAUUGAAACCACCGGACAUCGAAGCAGCACCUACUGUAAAAUGUGAUUGAUAGACGAACUCACCAAUAAUAAAGGGAAACGCCCACCACCACAUUAACUCCCUUUGAGCUUGUACUACUGUAUCUCUUUAUUAACCAAUCACAGUUUGAUGUUCAUUGUAAAACAAAAUUUGCUUGUUGACUCAUUUUUCCUAUUCUCUGGCUACUGUUCGGUAAGUUAUUUGUCUGUUUUUUCCCUGUAUUAAUAGACCGUACAGUUUGUUUGUACACUAACGAUGUUAAUUUAUGUAUUAGAAACAGAUAAAGUUUAUCUAGCCAAAUAGCUUGCUUUUUCUGACUUUGGCCAAACCAAGACUCUGUAUUCGACGGUCUAAAGAAUAGCUCAGAAUUAAACCUGUAAGAAAUUACUCCCUACACCUACAGACCUUCCUGUAGAUCUCACUCCAAAAACGACAGAAGAAAUCAGGAUGGCCAUCAGACAAAUCAAGAGCGGGAAAGCAGCAGGACCUGACAAUAUGCCAGCUAAGACUCUAAAGUCAGACACAGAAGUAACUGCACGUAUACUUCACGUGCUAUUCAGGAAGAUUUGGGAGGAAGAAUAAGUGCCAACAGGCUGGAAAGAAAACACUACAUCAAAACAUCAAAGAAAGGAGAUCUGAGCAAAUGUGAGAACUUCUUCGACACUAUGGUAUACCUGAGAAGAUCGUCAACAUCAUCCAGAAUUCAUACGACGGACUAUAGUGCAAUGUGUGGCACAUAUAUAUUUGGUGCCCUCUUGUACCAAUAUUUAUGUGUUUAAAUAAAAUAAAACUACAGUGCAAAUUCGUACAUGAAGGACAGCUGAAAGAUGUUUUCCAAGUAAGAACUGGAGUCACACAAGGUUGCCUAAUCUCACCCUUUCUCUUUCUUCUGGUGGUCGACUGGAUUAUGAUGACCUCAACAUCUGAGGGAAAGCACGGAAUACAAUGGACAGCUCGGAAUCAAUUAGAAGAUUUGAACUUCACAGAUGAUCUAGCUCUUCUACCUCAUAUACACCAGCAAAUGCAGAUGAAGACAACCAGUUUAGCCGCAGCCUCUGCGUUAGUAGGCCUCAACAUACACAGGAAAAAGCAAGAUCCUCAAAUACAACACAGAGAACAACAACCCAAUCACACCUGAUGGAGAAGCUCUGGAAGACGUGGAAUCGUUCACGGACCUAGGAAGCAUCAUCGAUGAACAAGAGGAUCGGAUGCAGACGUAAAGGCAAGGAUUGGGAAAGCAAAGGCCGCAUUCCUCCAAUUGAAGAACAUAUGGAACUCAAAACAUCUGUCAACCAAUGUCAAAGUGAGUAUCUUCAAUACGAACGUCAAGACAGUUCUACUACGCGGAGUUGAAACUUCGAGAACUACCAUAACCAUCAUCAAAACAGUAGAAGUAUUUAUAAAUAAUUGCUUAUGUAAGAUACUUCAGAUCUGUUGACCGGACACUAUCAGUAACAACCUACUAUGGCAGAGAACAAACCGGCUUCCAGCUGAAGAGGAAAUUAGGAAAAGAUGUUGGAGGUAGAUAGGAUAUACAUUGCAGAAAUCAUUAAACUGCAUCGCGAAGCAAGCCUUAACUUGGAAUUCUAAAAGGAAACGAAAAACAGGAAGACCAAAGAACACAUUGCGUCGGUAAUUUGAGGCAGACAUAAGAAGAAUGUACAGCAAUUGAAAACAGCUGGAAAGUAUUGUCCAGGACAGCAUAGGAUGGAAAGUGCUGGUCAGCGGCCUAUGCUCCACGAGGUAUAACAGGCGUAAAGAAGUAAGUAAGUCUCCUGUAUACUCACUGAAUUGUAUGCAAGAUGGUGUUUUAUAAAUGUUAUUCGGUUUUGUAACAUAGAUAAAUUUAUUUCGUUCAUUAGUGGAAAAUGUUUGGAAAUGCCUUCCAUAUUCAUAAAAAUUCACUAUACAGAUGAAUGGAUUGAGGGAUUGUGACGUAAUGGAUCACAUAAUGCAUCUUUAAAUUGAUAUGAUUUCGAUGGAUAAAAAAAUAGUGAGUUGUAGUGGUGACCAAAGAAACAGUAGUGAAACAAUCAUAAUAGUGAUGAUGAUAAUAGUUGAGGGGGUUAUGAGAAAACGGAAGUAAUCGGAUGUUUCAAUUAAUAACACUAUUGACCAGUUUUAAAGUGGCAGGGGUAGUUGUAAUAACCACAAAUUAGAAAUAAAAAUCUGACUAAAGUGAAUAAUGAAAAUGGUAUCGCGAUUACAUAAAGAUGAUUUCAAACAGAUAAACCGAGAGAUAAUAGAAGGGAAUGAAGUCCAUCAGUGAAUCUGUCAUCAUGGCAGUGCCAGGUGGGGUGUACACGAAUAACCACUGCUUCUGCAUAAUGUAGUAGUUUGUUGUUAUUCUACCGAUUCAUUGCUCUAAAAGUAAUGCCAAUUUUUACUGAAUAACUGUGUUCACUAUAUGUUUUCUCAAGCCGUUGCCACGUAGUUGGAAGCUAUUCAUUAUCAAAUUCUUUGGUAUAUGUUCUAAGAUUCUUUUGGAUACUCCCUGAACAGGAAGAAGAGCAGAAGAAAAAGCUGACCUAGUGCUAGCCCUUAGUCGAUGUCUAUUCUGUGCGCUAAGAUCGUUAUGUCGUACAUAGUAGAAACAUAACGAAUAUGCAAAUCCCAAUUUAAACCUGUACUAAUUCCCUGUAGGUUCUCUCCUUUAUCACUCGUUUUUGUUAUUUUGAAUACCUAAAUGCUGGGUAAAUAAUAAUUGAUUAUAUUUUAUCUAUGUGUUUAUGCUUCUGGUAGUCUACCUCAUGAAUUUUAUGAAGUUAUUAUUUAUUUAUUUAUUUGAACACAUAAAUAUUGGUACAAGGCGGCACCGAAUACAUAUGCGCCACACAAUUCACUUGAUUUGUGUGUGGGCUAUGAUGCUGCCCGGGUGCCCAGCUGAUGAAAAGGCAAAUGUUUUUUUGUAAAGAUCACCAAUUUUGUGCAGGGCAGUUUUGUCCUUGGAGAACAGUAGAAAUGACUUACCUGUUAUUGUGAUAUUGCUAAUGAUAACAUAUCUCAUCAAUUGGUUUUCGAAUCAUACUAAAGUUAUCUGUCGCUACUCCCUUUUACGAUAUGCUGUUUUUACACUUUUACCUAUUUAUCUGUCGAUUGAUUUGAGUUUCACAAGAAGGAUUAUUUUUCACUUAUGAAUUCUUGUUUAAUUUAGGUCUAAUCUAUGUCUGUGGUGGUUUCGAUGGUCAGUCGCGUCUUCGGUCCUUUGAAGUUUAUCAUCCAAAAAUUGACGAGUGGAGAAUUUUGGAAGAAAUGACUACAGCAAGAGAAGGCGCAGGUCUUGUUGUUGUAGAUGAUACACUUUACUGUUUAGGAGGUUAUGAUGGAUUCCACCUACUGAACAGCAUGGAAGCGUAAGUUGAAAUGUAGUCGAAAAUAAUUUUAAUAAGGCUUAUCUAUUGUUUCUCAGUUUCUAGUCUUAGUUGCCUGAUAUCUAAAAAAAAGUUUAUUCAGGACUAUAAAAAGCUAAUCAUUAAGUUUGUAUUUGAAAAAAAUAAACUAGACCUGUUUCUUAAUCUUGUUCUUUCAAAUGUCUGAAGCCAGAAUGUCAAUGCAUUCAUGCCUCGUUGCAUUACGGUUUUAGAAUCCAACCGUAAUCGUCUAAAUAACUUUUUUUUCAAACUGAUUGAAUUUCAAAUAUAAGCAUAAUCUUUUGUAUUUCAGUGGAAUAAAUUGUGUUGUCCUACCAUGUUAUUCCAAUUACGCCAACACCGUUAUUGUACAUACUCACUUAGGCCUGUUACACCUCGUGGAGCAUAGGCCGCUGACCAGCACUUUCCAUCCUAUGCUGUCCUGGACAAUACUUUCCAGCUGUUUUCAAUUGCUGUACAUUCUUCUUAUGUCUGCCUCAAAUUACCGACGCAAUGUGUUCUUUGGUCUUCCUGUUUUUCGUUUCCUUUUAGAAUUCCAAGUUAAGGCUUGCUUCGCGAUGCAGUUUAAUGAUUUCUGCAAUGUAUAUCCUAUCUACCUCCAACAUCUUUUCCUAAUUUCCUCUUCAGCUGGAAGCCGGUUUGUUCUCUGCCAUAGUAGGUUGUUACUGAUAGUGUCCGGUCAACAGAUCUGAAGUAUCUUACAUAAGCAAUUAUUUAUAAAUACUUCUACUGUUUUGAUGAUGGUUAUGGUAGUUCUCGAAGUUUCAACUCCGCGUAGUAGAACUGUCUUGACGUUCGUAUUGAAGAUACUCACUUUGACAUUGGUUGACAGAUGUUUUGAGUUCCAUAUGUUCUUCAAUUGGAGGAAUGCGGCCUUUGCUUUCCCAAUCCUUGCCUUUACGUCUGCAUCCGAUCCUCUUGUUCAUCGAUGAUGCUUCCUAGGUCCGUGAACGAUUCCACGUCUUCCAGAGCUUCUCCAUCAGGUGUGAUUGGGUUGUUGUUCUCUGUGUUGUAUUUGAGGAUCUUGCUUUUUCCUGUGUAUGUUGAGGCCUACUAACGCAGAGGCUGCGGCUAAACUGGUUGUCUUCAUCUGCAUUUGCUGGUGUAUAUGAGGUAGAAGAGCUAGAUCAUCUGUGAAGUUCAAAUCUUCUAAUUGAUUCCGAGCUGUCCAUUGUAUUCCGUGCUUUCCCUCAGAUGUUGAGGUCAUCAUAAUCCAGUCGACCACCAGAAGAAAGAGAAAGGGUGAGAUUAGGCAACCUUGUGUGACUCCAGUUCUUACUUGGAAAACAUCUUUCAGCUGUCCUUCAUGUACGAAUUUGCACUGUAGUUUUAUUUUAUUUAAACACAUAAAUAUUGGUACAAGAGGGCACCAAAUAUAUAUGUGCCACACAUUGCACUAUAGUCCGUCGUAUGAAUUCUGGAUGAUGUUGACGAUCUUCUCAGGUAUACCAUAGUGUCGAAGAAGUUCUCACAUUUGCUCAGAUCUCCUUUCUUUGAUGUUUUGAUGUAGUGUUUUUCUUUCCAGCCUGUUGGCACUUAUUCUUCCUCCCAAAUCUUCCUGAAUAGCACGUGAAGUAUACGUGCAGUUACUUCUGUGUCUGACUUUAGAGUCUUAGCUGGCAUAUUGUCAGGUCCUGCUGCUUUCCGCUCUUGAUUUGUCUGAUGGCCAUCCUGAUUUCUUCUGUCGUUUUUGGAGUGAGAUCUACAGGAAGGUCUGUAGGUGUAGGGAGUAAUUUCUUACAGGUUUAAUUCUGAGCUAUUCUUUAGACCGUCGAAUACAGAGUCUUGGUUUGGCCAAAGUCAGAAAAAGCAAGCUAUUUGGCUAGAUAAACUUUAUCUGUUUCUAAUACAUAAAUUAACAUCGUUAGUGUACAAACAAACUGUACGGUCUAUUAAUACAGGGAAAAACAGACAAAUAACUUACCGAACAGUAGCCAGAGAAUAGGAAAAAUGAGUCAACAAGCAAAUUUUGUUUUACAAUGAACAUCAAACUGUGAUUGGUUAAUAAAGAGAUACAGUAGUACAAGCUCAAAGGGAGUUAAUGUGGUGGUGGGCGUUUCCCUUUAUUAUUGGUGAGUUCGUCUAUCAAUCACAUUUUACAGUAGGUGCUGCUUCGAUGUCCGGUGGUUUCAAUGAAGCUGAUCUAUUCAAGAACUCUUCGAAGUAACCUACCCAUCUGUUCCUCUGUUCUUGAAUCUCGGUGAUUGUCUUGCCUUCUUUUUCCUUGAUCAGUCUCUCUGGUUUACUAUAUUUCCCUUCUAGUUUCUUUGUUGUGUCAUAUAACUGUCUCAUAUUUUCUUCUCUUCAGGCUUUGUCCGUUGUCGUUGCUGGCUCUUCUACAUAUUUCUGCUUGUCAGCUCUAAUGCUCCUCUUCACUUGCUUCUUUGCUUCUGUGUAUUCAGCUUGUGCCUUGACUUUCUCUACUCGUGUUUGGCUGUUGUUAAUCGCUGUCUUCUUGUUCUUCCUUUAUUGAAUCUUGUCCAGAGUUUCUAUAGAGAUCCAUUCCUUGUGAUGAUGCUUGUUGCGGCCCAGCACCUCCUGGCAUGUUGAAGUCAGUACUUCUUUGAUUCCUUUCCAAUUAUACUCCAUCGUAGUUUCUUCUUCGAGUAGAUCUUGUAAUGCUCGGAAUCUUCUGUUGAGAGUUAUCUUGAAUUGGUUGAGUUUGUUAGUGUAUCACAGGAAUUCUGUAUUGAACCUUUGUACUGAUGUUUCCCCAGAUGUCCAGUGUUUCUUUAGCUUCAGUUUCAUCAUGGCCACAAGCAGCUGAUGAUCUGAAGCUAUGUCAGCUCCCCUCCUUCCUGAUUCUCAUAUCUCCCAUUGUCCUUCUGAAUUUUUAUUGUUACAAAUAUGAUCUAUCUGGUUCUCCGUGGUGUGAUCCGGUGAGAUCCAUGUAGCUUUGUGUAUGCGAUUGUAUGGGAAUAUUGUGCCGCCUAUAACCAAUUUGUUGAAUGCAUAUAGGUUCGCAAAUCUCUCAUCAUUUUCGUUCCUCUCUCCCAGUCCAUGUUGUCCCAUGAUAUCGUCAUAUUUGGUGUUGUCCAUUCUGAUCUUGGAGUUUAAGUCUCUGAUCAGGAUGGUCAGGUCUUUUAUUGGACACUUCGCUAUAAUUGAUUGCAGCCUCUCAUAGGACUGAUCCUUAUUGUCGUCAUUGCUGUCAUUGUUGGGUGCAUAACACUGGAUAGCAUUCAUUAUGAUUGCCUUCUUUUUUGUUUUGAAGGAUGCCUUGAUGAUCCUGUAUCCGUGAGAUUCCCAUCCUAUAAGUGCAUUUCGUGCUUCUUUGAACAGCAUCAGAGCGACUCCCUGUGUGUGUGGAGCAUUUUCUUCGUGAUCGGAGUAUAGCAACAUUUCUCCCGUAUCUAGGGUUUGAUUUUGCCGUUUGGAUUGUAUGUUCUCAGUUAUUGUGAGGGAUAGUCAAUUUUUAUGUUAUCAUUUCCGUCGCUUUUUCGGUGGUCCUUCCGGUCAGCCACAUUUUCCUGACUUUUCAUGUAUCUUUACAACUUUUUACUCUGCUUACUGGAAGGGAUAUAGAACUUGAGACUUCCGUAGAAUCUCAGCUUUCCUCAUGACGUGUCAUAGUUCUUCUGUCAACCCCCAGGGCAGAGGUUAAAAUGUUUAAUCUUGUUAGCUGUGUUUUUAGCAAGUUUGUUUUCUGCUGGAUGAGGUUGCUUACCUUUGCCCAACCCUCCUUCUUUAACCGGGCUUGGGACCGGCAGUAGCUCUAGAAGAGCUACAGAUUGAGUUAUUACUGUACCAGGAAGGUGAUAUUUUCGGAAAUUGGUUUAAGUGUUUUUAAAAUAACAACUGUUUUCAAAAUGGAACGGAAUUUGUCAUGGAAUCAGAUAUGUAGAGAACCGCGUAGUAUUUCAUACAAUUAUAUUUGUGUUGAAAGAGACACCGUCCUAUAAAGGUUGUCGAGCUUUAGCAAGCAACACAGUUAUGUAAAUCAAAAAAUAGUUUUCCAUUACAUACAAGAGGAAUUAAAACUUAUUUCUCAUUUGAAAUAACCUAACAUACAUCUUUGUUAUAAUACCACUGUUGGUACGAAAAUCUCUUACAUGAGUUGACUACUAAAUAGUGUGUCUGAUUCAGAAUCGUUUAAUGUCAAUCUACUGCUGUGCUGUCCUACCUAAAUUCAUUAAAACACUGUACACCUCCGUUUUUAUUUUCGGAGUAAUACCAGCCGUAUUUCUUAACAGAUUCGGCCGGUGUAAUCGGAUUGUUGUUAACUUAAGAUAAUGUGUAACUAGUUCUCGACAAAAACCCAAUCAAAACCUUAUGUAUAUGACGAAAAACUAUAAGUGUGCUAAAUAUUAGCACUAACUGACCCAAGCGUAUAACGAUAUCACUAUUUAUUAACCAAUGAUAAAGGUAACUUAGAGUAUGAAUAGUUAUAAAGUCGAGGCCCGAAUCCCGACUCAAUAAAUAUAUAGUAUGUAAGCCACUGACCAAAUAGGAUGAAAUCAUUGAUUAUGUACAAAAGAUACCACCCGAAUAACAUAACUUUCAGUUGUCAAAUAACAAUGUGUAAGUACGUGUAAAACAAUAGCCAUUACAAUCUAUGAAACUGGGAUUAAUCAUCAUUAGCCUUGAUUUCAUGUUUACUUUCUGAACUACAGUUUCAUUAAUCGGUAUUUCCAUGUGUGCAUUAUUCUAUGUCCACUUAUUUUAUUUGGAUGUUUUGCAAUAUAAUUCCUCCACUUGAUCAUUUUAAUUUAUUCCAAUAUGUCUUUUUCCGAAUAGUCAUCAUUAUUGUCUAUUUGUUCAGUUCAUACUUCGUAGCUGAUGAGUACAUGAAGAAAUGUUUAUAGUUCUACUGAGAUAUACAAUAAGUAUAAGACGUUCUAUAUCCGUGAAGUUUAGUUAAACAACCCUACGUAAAUGGACAUGGAACCUUUUGGUUAUUCAACAAUGACGGUUAUAAAUCAGUGUGAGGAAUUAGAAUUAUGAUUUACAGUUGAUGGUUGAGGUUAGGAAUUAGAUUUAGGGUUUUCAUCACGAACUGACAUAAGCUAUAAUGCCAAAACUUUAUUUGGCCAAAUGGAUAAGUGAAUUUCGCGCCAAAAUCCGAGACCUUUUAUCUUAUACCUCAUUGGUUCGUCCAUAAAUUAUAGUCUCACCGAAAAGAUAUAUAUUAAGAACGAAAUAAAUGUACCAUAAUAUACUAUCCGAAUAAUAACGAAACAAGAGAUUUCUUUCGUUAAAAAUUGUAUGCUGCUAUUUAUAAAGAAUAAAAUUAAAGAUAGGAAUAUGUUUAAAACCAAUGUCCCAGUGUUUAAACGUGGAGUUCUGAUGUGUGGGCGAGAAUGAUAAUGACUGGUUGUCUGCUUAGUCAGACAUGUAGAUAGUCUGACAGGUGUCAGAUGAAUUAUAUAUUCCCCUAUCCUUAUUAUUAUUCAGUCAGUCAGUCAGCUACAACAUAUGACCAGGCACAUAUAUGCAACUGUCCAAGUUGCCAUACCUCAUUAACACAACAAGAUGAACACCGGGUUCAUGAAAGUAGUUAAUUCAGAGGUGGUAAUAUAUAAAAGAAAGAUUGCAAUAAGGAUAUAGUACAGGAAGAAAGAAUUAGUUCGUAGAAAGAAAGAUAUGAAACGAUUUUAAUCUCUUAGUUUAAGGGAAGACAGAGAGUGUGUACACCGACGCCAUUGUGAUCGAUUCUGAGCCAUGUCACCAAGAGUCUCCAACCAUUGGUUGAUUGUUCAUUGUUGUUGGAUUGUGUCGCGUUUUUUGGUGUGGAAAUAUAUUUACGUUGUGGUCAGGCUAAUCACGUGUUCUUGAUCUGAGUUGUGUUGAAGUCCUGUAGAAUAGACACUGGGAGGGAAUCUAGUGUAGAUAUUUGUCUAAGGUAAAUUAACAUCCCAUACAUGUAAAAGUGGAAACCCAACCGUUAUAACAUUAGACGAAGUAAAGCCGAGCGUUAUAACAUGUUCUUUAAGCAUUAACGCUCCACUCCAUAUUUGGUAUAUCGUUAGUCAGGAAUAAAGAUAAAAGUCACCAAACAACCAAAGAGAUUGCUUUUCUAUCUGUCAUGUCAUGAUUAUUAAUAUUACUACCAAACUGAUCGAAUACCACUAAUUCUUAACAUUAAUACUGCACAAACAUUUGUAUACCUGUUCAUGAUUCGUUUAUUGAUCUGUCAUAUAAAUGUUUUUCUGUUUCCCUUGUUUAUUAAAAUCUACUCCUGAAAUAACUGAUUUGUGAAUUUAAAAAAUAUUAAUAGACACAAAUGACUGUUAAUAUCUUUAUUUUUUCAUAAUUUCAUGAAAGGCUUGUGUCAAAUGAACCCUUUAAAAGUGUCAUUCUUGCGAACUUCGCAUGUCUAUCGUUUGUGCAUCAUGGAUUUAUUAUCGGUACUUUUUAUUUUAAUUAGCUUUGAUCUUCAUUGUGGUACGUGGUCUGUGUGCAAACCAAUGUACAUGCGUCGGUCGGGAGCUGGUUGUGCUUUGUUGGGGGAUACUAUUUAUGUAUGCGGUGGUUAUGGUGGCGCUGAGGGCCGCGGUCCUUCACAUUUGGAUACUGUAGAAGCCUAUAAUACAUGGUUGGCUCAGUGGACUUUGGUUACAAGUAUGAAUGUCCCUCGUUGUUACGUUGGUGCUUGCCCAUUGGCUGGCAAGAUUUAUGUUGCUGCUGGAUAUAAUGGUAAUAGUCUACUGGAUACUGUAGAGUCGUACGAUCCAAUCGAAAAUACGUGGUGGCUACACGAAGAAAGUAGAAUGAAUCAUGAACGAUGUGACACUGGUAUGUGUGUUGUACGAUUCCCAACAUGUUCUAUCAGUCAAGAUACUCUUACGCCAAUGCUAACAUCAAGAAACGUAAUGAACUCCACUAAUAUUCAUUCAUCUCCAUCAGCUGUUUCAUCUGCUUCGGUUAAUUUUCAUUCAGCAAUCAAUCAGUCAUCCACUUGGCAGCUAAACGACUUUAACACAAAUCGAACUAAUAAUGUACGCAUAAACACACAGAUUUCUGUUGGUCACACUAAUCCAUCAUCGUUUCAGGGUAGUCCAUCAUCAUCCACUCGAAAUGUUCUGUCUUCGUCAGUCAGUGAACCCUUUCGUACUGGUUCACAAUUUGGUUGUCCAUCUGCAAGUAUGAAUGUAUGUAAUGUUAAUUCUCAAUCUCCUGGAAAUUCUCACCUGUCUUCCACUCAUCGUAGAUCUAAUCGUCAAGUUCGUAGUCAUUCUUCACGACAGAAUAGUUUGUCAAAUACUGCUUCUGUUAAUGGGAGAGAAUUAAGAAACUCUAGACCACCAAGGCAUUUACUUUCGUUGACUGCAUCCAGUUUAUAUCCUGGUAAUAUAAAUGUUUGGAAUCCCAAAAGUAUGCGUUUACCAUAUGUUGCACAAGGAAUGCACAACCCCAGAAAUAAUAGAUCACUUCUUCCAUCCUUGUUAUGCAACCCACAUAAUAUUUUACGCUGUAACACUACACCCAUAUCUCACUUAACUCAACAGGUCGAGAAUCCAUUAUUAAAUCAUAAUGAAACUCUUAGCCAUACUUUAGAUAAUAUACCUUCUUCCUCUGAGGAAUGUUAUAUCAUCCAAAAUAAUGAAUCUACUGUCAAUUCUGCAUUCAGUAUGAUGCAACAAACGGACCAACUACUAGACAACUGCGGAAACGUUGACAUAAACGAGUUAGCCUCUAAUCUUAAUGCUUCUCAUUUUGAUGCAUCAACUGUUACUGGGUCUCACUUACCAGCAUCUCAGAGAAGCAGUUGCAGUAGUCCUACUUUGGUAUCUGAUAUACAUCAUUCUGCCCCUGAAUAUGGCUCUUCUGUAUCAUGUAAGCAUGAUUUGUUUAGAUCCGUUGAUGCAAUUAACCGUCUUGGUUCAGAUAACGUUUUCUGGUCAAUAUCCAAUAUAUCGACAUUUUCCGUCAUAGAAAACCCUACUGCCAGUACUUUUCCAAAGGCCACCACUUUUAAUGAGGACUCAUCUAAUAACGUAGUUAUUGAGACGCAAGCUGAUAAUAUUUCUGGGAAUGUUAAUUUAGAUAAUAUUCCUAGUAGAAACUAUGUUAGUUUGGUGAGCGAUUCACCUGAUGAACAAGAUCAUACUAAUGCGUUUGGUGAUGUUAGUCGAGAGCAUGGUGAUUUGGUCAAGUGUACUGAUCGUUCAAGUUACAAAACGCGCACUUUUAUGAACACUUUGAUAAAUAAACCAAGAGAACUUCAAUCAAAUCCAUGUGUUUUAUCUUCAAACGAUUCUUCUGAACUACCUUGUGAACAACCAUGUGAUAUCACUUUAGCAUCCAGUUAUUCAUGUAAUUCUUCAGUCUCCAUACCAAUUGCUAAAGUUAAGCCAUGUUCUUCAACAGUCGUGGAAAAUUCAUGUACAACAACUUUAAAUGCACUACCUCCUUCCAUACGAAACACAUCUUCCACUCAACAAGUAAAUGACCCAUCAAUCUGCCGUAACAAGCCAACAUUUGACCAACUAUGUCAGCGAUAUAAACCUAUAUAAUACUGAAUCCUGUCAGACUCAUGGUGCUCAAGAAGAUAGAAUAAUUACUUCGGCGAAUGAUCAGAAGGCCUCAUCUUCAUUAUGUGAAGUUAAUGACCAGGUAAGACCUUUACCAUUUUCCAUUCAUGAUAUGAAAUAUCACUCACUCGUUUAGUACUAAAUUAUGUCGUCCAGACUGUUACUACUACAAAGGCGUUUUAUUGUUAGAUUAGAUAAUAUAGUAUUAGUGUGAUUCACCUUUUGUGUCAGUCAGCCAUAAAUAACACAGAACAUGACGCAUAUGUGAUGAGUUCAAGUUGCCACAUUAGUACAGCGAGUCUUCUAUAUAUUGCCACGAUUGACUUAACUACUCCUAUGAAUAUCCGGUCUUCAUUUUGCUAUGCUAAUGAGGUGUGGCAACUUGGACCGAUUUAUAUAUGUGCCUGGUCCUACGUUGUAUCUGGCUGACUGAGUACAGCGAGAUUAUCAAUGAUAAUAUUUGCCUAGUACUCUGUCCAACCGCAGCUUUGCUCUCUAGAUGGUCACAACAUUUUGUAGCUAAGUACGUUAAUGGUUUAGUCGUUGUUUGUCGAGUUGAAGAUAAUGAUUGUUCUGUAUCUUUAACAAAUAAGGUUACUAAUCAGCAUCCGUGUAAAUGGCAAGCAUUCAAAAGUACCUACUAUUUAUGUACAAAAUGGCAAGAAAAUCAGAUUUCAGACUAAAUGAUUUCGUUGUACUUUCACGCUUUUUUGCUUUUUUUUGUUUGCUUCCAAGAGAGUAAUCACCAUAGGGGAAACCUCUUUUGUUUUUGGUGUCAGCGAAUCAUCUCACGCGUAUUCUGAAUCAGAUGAUCUGCUAAUCAGAAACCAAUCAGAUAAUCUUAAUCAGACUGGUGUUUCUGUGAAGCCAGAUGUUACGUGCACUACAUCAGUUGUUGAGUCCAUACACUCAACAGGUGCUCCUGGAUGUAGUUCGUCAAAUUCUGAUGAUGCACUUGUAAACCAACCGCAUAGUCUGAUAGAUAAUCCAUCUAAUUGUGAGCCUGAUAUAACAUUAUGUACAGUGGUUUGCAAUCCAAGUAACGUGGAUGACAGUCCAGAACCACAACCGGAUACAAGAUCAGAUGGUGAAGGAGAAGAAGGAGACGACUUAGAUGUUGUCCUGAGGAAUCCUGCAGUUGGUCAGGUUGACGAUGAUUUAUGAUCUCAUAUCAUAUUUUUUUGUGAAUUAUAUUCAUUUUUAUUAAUUUACUAUUGCCCUACAUGGUGUUUAUUGUAUCUAUCAUUCUUUAUUUGCUUAGUUAUUGUGUUAGUGUGACCGAAUAAUUCUGCAAAUGUUUUCAGCCGUCACUUACACAUGAUCAUUUGUCUGUUUUGUUCCAUUUUCCCUUUUGAUUGAUUUUCAUGCAUCUUUGGUACGGUUUGUUCCUAAACUUUAUCUCUUCACAUUUGUAUAUUUUUAGUCAUAACAAGGUGAUACUUGAUUUUCUUUAAAGCUUCCUUGUGUUUAUAUCGUUAGGACUACGGGCGAUCGUGUAGUCUCAGUCUUAAGUGUUGUGUACUGAUUUGUUUGUACGUACCUGUGGUCACGCGAUCUCGUCUGUGUUCAAGAUAUAACACUGAUUGAGUGUUAGUUCUACCAAAACAUCUACACAAAGAAACUAAUGAUUUUUACAAUAAUCAACACUUUAAGUCAUUGACGUUAUCUCGUAGAACAUAACUAUCAGUCUCCCACUACAUAGUGUAGUGAUUACAGUCCGAAGUUGUCAUUAUGAUAAAGCUCCAAAAUAAAUAUCUGCUUCAAUAUUACUCUUGUUACUGCUUACUGAGCUAGCUGGUUAACCACUAAAUAUGAGUAUUACGUACGUACGAGAUGACUAGAGCAAACUCAAGAGAUUUAUGUAGCUAUAGCAUCAUGUCUUACCAUGAAUUCAAGCGUUAAGAAGAGAUGCGACAUACCUAUUGAUAGUUUGAGUACUUCUCACGUAUACGAAUCACAGCGUUUUUCAGAUAAAUAAAACAUUUCGAAAAACCGUGCGAAGAUACCUUAUGCAUUUAUAGUCAUACUACAAUGGUUGGUAGUUUUUCGCUUCCUAAUGUUAACACGGGUUUCUCAGCAAUAAUGGUAAGUUCUUGACGUCAGAUGCGCCUUUUAUAGAUAUGAUUAAUAUGGUACAACAUAGAUUAGAAGGAAGCACUUUAUCACAGUAGUAUAAUCGAUAACGUUGUAAUCGUAAGAAAGCAAAUAUAACGUCUAGGUGUGGAGCGAUAUUGCUUAUCAAGAAGAUCUUUGUAACAAAGCGUCGAACACGGCCUUAAGUACUGGUGUGACACUGUUUAAUAUGUGUACAUGACUUAUAGUACAAGAUUGAGAUAGAAGGUCCAUGACAAAUUUUACAUCUUUGUGGUACUGAAAGAAGGACAAGUAACAGAACCAACAUUUGUAAAUUGCCGGUUGUGUAACUGUUUGCUAUAGAACCAACUAACGUGUCAGUUUGACGAAACAGUCUAACUGCAUUCUGUUGGCUGACUGUUAUUCAAAAAUCUUAAGACAAAUUAUGUAUUAGAGAGUAGUGAGCACUGAGGUGUGAAAAUAUACCUCAGAGCUAAAUUAGUGAAAGUUAAAGCGUGUUGACUUUAAAACGUCGAUACAAGGAACAAGUGAAAUAUAAUUUUUGUUGUAUCCCAGUGAGUAGGAAAACCAUGUUUCUGACGUUUCGUCACUUGAUGUAAGCCCCUUCCUCAGAGUAAGUAAUGUCUUUCUACUCGUCAAGAUGUAACAGAAAAUGUAUUCAUUAUUAACGUUUUAUCUGAUGCUCAAUUCAUUUGAAACCAGGGACUCAGCUACAACGUAGGACAAGGAACAUAUAUACAUUGGUCCAAGUUGUCACACCUCAUUAGCACAACAGGAUGAACACUGAAUCCAUGGAAGUAGUUACUUGAAUGAUAGUAAUAUGUGAAAGAAGUAUUGCAUAUAAAGGUAUAGUAUAGAAGAAAGAAUUAGUUCGUAGAAGGAAAGGUAUAAAUUAAUUUAAUCUCACAGUUUGAGGGAAGACAGAUUGUGUAUAUACCUACACCAUUGUGAUCGAUUCUGAUUUAUUUCACCCGGUGUCUUCAACCAUUAUAAUAGCCGCGCGGACCCCAAGUAGUCUGUAUCUACCAACAUGACUCAGACUAGGAGUUAGUGAAUUCAAGGACUGACGCUAUGUUUUGGUUUGUCCGCCCCUAACUUUCUUCCAACCAUCCCCAACACUAGUCGGCAUUGUGCGUCGUGGUAAUCGUUGUUCAGGCAUACGUAACACGUGUCCCAACCAUCUCAGUCGAUAAAGAUUCACAACCUCAUCAACUGAUUUACCAUCAUUCCCUAAUACCCUGCGUCUAACCUCACUAUUAAUUACCCAGUGAUCCCAGCAGAUGCGAGCAAUAUUUCUAAGACAUCAGUGAUCAAACACUAGUAGCUUACAAGUAUCUUCUACUCUUAAUGGCCACGUUUCGCAGCCGUAAAAACGAAUAAAACGAACUGCUGCACAGUAAACUCGUCCCUUAAUUGAUAGCCGGAUAUCUCACCUUCGCCAUAGGUGACAUAAGUUGUCAAACGCCAACCGAGCUUUUCGAAUCCGUGAUGAGAUUUCGUCAGACACCAACCCAUUAGGGCUGAUCAGACUUCCAAGAUAAGUGAAGUUGUCGACGUGUUCAACUGCUUCACUCCCUAUCCUUAGUUCAGGUGUUGACGCAGACCAGUCCUGUAGCAACAAUUUGCAUUUGGAAGGAGAGAAACGCAUCCCAAACAUUCUGGCAUUGUUGCUCGAUGCUACUGUAGCGGUAAAUAAAUCCCUAAAAUAAAUAGCUCUGUAAGUUUUCGACAUUGGAUGCUGACCAUAUGUUUUAGUGGACUCAUCUAGCUGAAGGCGCUCGGUCAGGCAUUUGCACCAGAUCACGUGUGGUAACGCCGUGCUCAACAUCAACCGCAAUCGCUAGCCAGAUUAGAUCAGAGAAUUCCGAUAUAUUGGUCAUCGCCAAAUAUACUCUUCCGGUCUCCUCGACUCUGUCUUUUGAUUUCUCUUGGUGGGAACGAAAUAUAUUAGAAGGUGUUGCUGGUAGAAGCGUUGUCAAACACUGAAUACCUGUGACAUCAUCAUUGGUGAAACCGACGUGAUCUGGUACACCUAAUUGCAACUGUGAGUCUGUUCCUUUUUGGGAUUUUUUAUAUAUCAUUGCCUUAUUUAUUAUUUAUUUUUAAACAUUGCGAUUUUUUUUUCGU